GAACAAAACAAUCAAUCAAUAAUACUUACAGUCCGAUACGCACAAAGUGGCACUGUAGAUCGGCAAAUUUGGGUUUUCUGCUCCUGUUCACCAUUCCAAAUCGCGUGCCAUGUCGAUUCCCUUUUGCUUCUUUGUUCUGCCGAUUCCCUUUUUCUUCUUUGUUCUGUUGCGAUUCCCUUUUCCUUCUUUGUUCUGUCGAUUCCCUUUUUCUUCUUUGUUCUGUUGCGUUUCUCAUUCCUUUUCCUGUUUUGUUUUGAUACAUUUAAUGCCUUUUCGAUUUCCUUUUUGAUCUCCUUUUCAAUUUCCUUUGUCUUCUUUCGCGUUCAAUUUGCUACAUGGAUGGGUUUGGGUAAGCUUUUCGCCCACUUGCUUGUUUUACGUUCGUCUGGAUUCAGCGGAAAGGUAUUUGUCGGAAUACUUUCCAUUUUGUGACGGAUGCAGGCUGAAAGGGAUUUGGCAGAAGGUUCUUGCCAGAUUUGUUUCAUCGGUUUGUUAUGACCUGAUUUGUUCUUCAUAUUUAUUUUAUUUCUAAUUUUUACAGUUUUAUUGUGUGUUCAUUACUCUCAUAUUUCUUCAUGUUCGCCCUGUUUUUGCAGAGGAGUUUAUGUCCGACCUAUUUGUGCAUACAAGGUGAGUUUUGCUUAACAACCAUUCUCUUUUAAGGUUGCUGUUUUGAUUGUUUUUAUCAUGUGAUCAAAGCAUUCUUACCAUGCUUUAGAAUUUGUCAACCCUGUUUUCUUAAUUUUCAGACUGCAGUUAACAGUAUGUUUCUUAAUCAUGUUUUCAUUUUGUUCAUAGUAUUCAUAUUUGUGGAAUAUUUAUUUACUUUCAUACAUCUUUUGCAUGACUUGUUUGUGCAGUUGAUUCGAAUUUGUUCUUUCUGUAGCCUUUCUAUUUUGUGUUGGUUGGUUUGUGUUUCUUUUUUUAUUUUUUUCAGUGACAAUCGAGUUGUGCUUUUGCCUCCGAUGAACGGUUGUGGCAGCGACGAGUCUCUUCCUUCCGGCGACAGCCGAUUGUGUAUGUGAGUGGAUAAACUGAUAAUUUACUUUCUGAAUUUGUUUAUAAAAAAUCAAGUUUUUGACCCUUGAAUGUUUUAUUUAUUUGUCACCGUUUGGGCUAAAAUCAACCAAAAUAGUAGGCAAUUUUAAAGAAUAUUGCACACACUAAUCAACUGAGGUUAUUGUUUCUUCAUAUUCAUCAUACAUGAUUAAUAUUUUUGUGAUACUGUGUUACACUAACUUAAAUGCAUAGAGCUUGUGGAGAAUGAGAAAACAGAAGAUUAUGAAGCUCUAAAUGUUCGUGCUAGAGCGCUUAAAGGGUUGAGUGAACUUGUCAAGGGAGAUAUUAACUCAGCUGAAUUUACUUUGACGAAUCUCUACGCAACAAGCUAUGUGAAGGUAUCUUUUUUUUUUUUUUUGUAGAAGUGUGAAGGUAUCUUUCUUUCUGUGGUACUUAUUACUGAAUCAGUCAUUAUUCGACCCUGGAUUGAAGUUUUGUAAUGUAUGUAGGCAAUGCUGCUCUAUCAUAUGCGGAGCUCCAACAAACAAGGCAGAACUACACAGUGGCUAAAGAGAUUUAUCAGCAUGUUUUAGAAGGAGCCAGUGAACUUGAAAAGAGUGGCAAUGUAUACUUAGGAGGUGGUAACUUGAACAUGGAGGGUUUAAUGAUGCAGGCCAUGUGUGGUUUAGGACAACUUGGAUCACAUUUGAGUAACUUCCGUAAGGCCGAGGAGCAUUUGACAAAGGCAUUAGCCAAGGCAGAGCUUAUCUAUGGUGAAACACAUCCCAAGGUCGGUGUUAUCUUAACAGGUAUGGCUCUUAUGUAUAGGCGUAAAGCAAUUGAGGAGAAAUCAAGUUCGCUUGUGGUUCAAGAGGGUCUCUACAAUAAAGUUGCAAAAAUUUUGAAGUUUCCAGCAGCUGAAUCUGAAGGUACUGAUGCUGCUGCACCAUCGGUUAAGAGAAAUGAUAUAGUGGCUCUUGCAAGCGGUGGAUUAGCUGAAGUACUCAAUGUCCAAGAAAAUAGACGGAGUGAAGGAGAAAAGAUGAAGAAGUUGUCCGAGUCCUUAUGGAAAAACAGCAGGAUGUCUCUGGAUGAUUUUCUAGGAAAUACAGAAGCAAACAUAAGUCCAGUUGUUGAUGCUCGUAUUUCCAGGCUUCUGUAAAUUGAUUCAUCUUCUGCUGCUGUAGGUUUAGGUUGAACUAAUGAUAAAUGAAAAAAAUGUUAUGAUGACAAGACACGUAAAGUGAUGAUUGUGGUGAAGCAUUAGAUGAAUUCUUUAUGGUAGUAACAUAACACUAUCCAUUGUUGGAUAUAUUAGUACUUUAAUCAAUGGAUUAGGUUUAGUAUUGGGAACUUAUUCAAACUUGAAAUUUGAAACUUUCAGAUGAAGUUCCUCUUGUUCUAAUAAUAUUGAUGCAAAAUGACAAUUAA